UAAAUUUCCGUCUGACAGAAGGACCAGAAUUUUUCUACUCGAGCUACUUAACAUACCCUACUUUCAAUGAUGGAACAAACGUACUGAACCCGGAUCAUAAACACCUGAUUUACCCUGACCUUUGCUGAUACUGAGUUCUAUUUGAUUACCUGAAAAACCGCAUUACGUUUUGCCUGUCAAGAUAAUACACGAUCGCCAACAGAGUGCAUGUGUGAAUAUACCUUGAUCCGCCAAUGAAUUGAAGCCAAGAGGCUCCUUUUAGUUCUUCCAUUUUUUACUCAUGUCUGCCAUUUUCCGGACCCGAAAACUUCAAGGUUUAUUUGUCCUUCUGUCUCUUUUGAUUGGUCUAGCGGUUUUGUUUCGUCAUCAUCGAUCAAAUGACGUCAGUGAGGAAUUCCCGUCACGUAUAUUGGUUUCCAUCGACGACUCAAUUAAUGAGAAUAACAGAAAUGCAGAAAGGAAUACAAAAUCUCAAGCUUUAAGAAAACCAAUAUACUUAUGCGGCUACAAUAUUGGUAGGAUAGGAAAUCGACUUUUUCAGUUUGCAUCUUUAUACGGCAUCGCGUAUCUUAAAGGAAUGAAAUACGUCAUCCAUACUGAAGACGUGAUCAACCAAAUAUUUCUUACGCACAACGACUCAAAUCUACUCAUUACAGACGAAGUGGAAGCCAUUUGUAAUGUCACAAUUUAUAGAAGAGAAAGUUUGUGUUGUGGCUUUGACAGCCGGAUAUUGAACUUUAACCCCCGGCCUGGGGAGACUUAUCGAGUCAUUACCUACCUGCAGUCAUGGAAAUACUUUGAAAAUGCAAAAGAACAACUUAAGAAACAAUUGGUUUUCAAGCCAAAGAGCAUUGCCUCUGCAGAAAAUGUAAUAGCAGAAGUUCUCAAAAAUUUCAACGUCACAUCCCGUCGUGACGUAGUCUUGGUUGCCAUGCAUAUACGACGAGGUGACAUGACAAUGAAGAACACAUAUGGUCACGAGGUGGCGACCCCUGAAUACCUCUACAAGGCAGUGGACCAUUUCAACAAUUUUCUAACUGUUAUCUAUGUGGUUUGUUCCACAGAUUUGACUUGGAUUAAGGCCAAUAUGCCCAAAAUUGCUGAGCGAGUUUAUUUCAACACCCCCAAUGCUUACCCAGAAAACGACCUUGCGCUCAUAGCGUCCUGUGAUCACGUGAUAACCACGGUGGGUACGUUCGGUUGGUGGGGAGCGUGGUUUUCUGGGGGUCUCGUUACUUACUAUAAGUGGCCUGCAAGAGACGGAACGGUACUAAGGAAAGGCUUUAGCGAAGAUUUUAUGGAUUUCUUUUAUCCGAAAUGGGUUGGAUACUGAUAAAUGUAUCCGAAUUAAUAUAUUAAAUAUAUUUUAAAAAAAUGAAAUUUCAAUUUAAUAAAAUCAUGAAAUUCAAAAAUAGAGAAAAUUAAUGACGCUGCAUGAUUACUUGCAGGAUGAUCGACCGUGUGAUGCAUUAAUGAUAUA